UUUUUAUAAAUAAUAGUGUGUAAAGAAUUCAUCAUCCUAUGUUUUGUCUGUUUCUCUCUAAACAUGUAGAGAGAGAAAGAGAGUAUUCUGUCCAUUUUCAUGGAUAAUAAAAACAACCCUUUAACCUCAUCCCCAAAUCUAAUUCAUUUCUCUUAACCCACCAUGGAAAUCCCAACUCCACCACCACCCACAACCAUCGUCGCCGCCGCGGCCACAGUUAAAACACCUGAUCCAGAUUCAGAGACACCGCAAUCGAACAACUUCACUAAACAGCUCACACCACCGUUAACCAACGGUGUCCUCAAACGACACAAGCCGUUCCACCACCUUCAACCACCACCAGUGGUGGUCACUUACAAAGAAUGUCUCAAGAACCACGCCGCUGCCAUGGGUGGCCACGCCAUAGAUGGAUGUGGAGAGUUUAUGCCGUCUCCGACGUCCUCCCCAUCUUACCCUACCUCGCUAAAAUGCGCCGCUUGUGGCUGCCACCGGAAUUUCCACCGCCGUGAGCCAGACGAGUCGCUUUUCCCAUCACCACAUAACCCACCCAUCCAACAUGUCAUCGAGUACCAACCCCAUCACCGCCACCACCCUCCUCCUCCACAACCCAUACCACCUCCAGCUGGCGGAGCUAAUAGCAGCAGUCCCGGAAAUUCCCCAUCUCCACCACCGAUCUCAUCGUCUUACUACCCAUCAGCACCCCACAUGCUCCUCGCACUCAGUGCCGGUUUAACAGCUCCGCCGGCGGAAAACAACCACGGUAACCACAAUCCGUCGAUCCCCACCACGCCCGGCUCCGCCGUCGCCUCUGGUUCAAACCCAAAUGGAAAAAAACGAUUCAGAACAAAAUUCACUCAAGAUCAGAAGGAAAAGAUGCAUGAAAUCGCGGAAAGAGUUGGGUGGAAGAUGCAGAAACGCGAUGAAGAACUCAUUAAUGGAUUCUGCAACCAAAUUGGUGUCGAUAGAAGCGUUUUUAAGGUAUGGAUGCAUAACAACAAAACUACUUUUGGGAAACCGAAGGAUUUCACUAACAACAAUGGCAAUAAUUCCUCCGGUGAGGGCAUUGAUUUCAUUAUUUCAAGAAACAACCACCACCAUGACACCGGAAACAACCACCACCUUGAUACCGGAAACAACCACCACCUUGACUCCGGAAACAACCGUCACGACAUCGACCACCACCUCCAUCUUCAUAACAAUGGUAGUUUUAACACCGGUGGAAAUGUGAUUUGCACUAAAGGUUCAUCAUCAUCUUCUUGAUCUUAAUUUCUUUGUUGAUUAUGGAUAAUAAUUAUGUGUUUAGCAUUAACAAUCCUGAAGAAAAGGCUGAGGCUAUUGUUGUUUUAAUUUGCUUACUUUAUAUUAGAAGUUAAUGAAUUAAUUAAUUAAUUAAUGUUUGUUUAGUUAUAAUAAUAUUAGAUUUUUAUUUUUA